GCGCUGCUUGAGUUUAUUACGUUGCUCCAUGGUAACUGUUAUUUUGGCCGCCAUGUUGGAUCCAAGUAAAGUUGAAUGGUAGAAGUUGGUCUGGGCGACUUUUCGGUUUGUUGACGAUCUAUAGACCCAAGAGCACAGAUAUAUAAUAAGUACAUCAAAAGUACAGACACAAUGAGUGAUGACGAGCGGCGUCCACUGUCCCCCCACCUUGAGCUAGAUGAGGCCCCCCCACAGGCAGACGAAGAACCGCUGAUCGCCCCCCUGGCCCCCCGUGUGGUGCCUCUAGAGGAGAGCCAAGUGGAGGUGUCAGCCAGCCCUGCCUUCCAAGUGCUAGAUGAGCUCUUCCAUGCAGGCAAGUUGACAGGAACUCAGGUUGCCAACCUCAAGGCCAAGUACACGGAGCUACACGACACACUGAGAGGUACCAGAGAUAACGAGCUGAAGCUGCUCCAGGAUGCCAAGACAUACACAGCAGAGCUGGAAAUACAGAGGGUGGAGCUGGAGAAGGCAGACAACUUCCCCGAGAGCGCCAACACCGAGGUCAGCAAGCUGCGGGCACAGCUGCUCAAGCACCACAACGACCUCGCACAGACGGACGAGAGGGAGUACCAGCUGAAGUACAAGAUCGACAACCUCCAUGAAGAGAAGCGGCUUCUCGAGAGGGAAUACUCCCGAAUGCCCAAACCUGGGGAACUGGAGAAGAAGCAGAAGGAGUUGGAGAAGGUCAUCGAGGAACUUAAGAAGGAGAUCAGUCAGAGACAGCAGGAGGCCAAGAACCUGCGGGAGGACUUGGACACACAGCAGAAGGAGAUCACUGAGGAACUCAAAGAACUGGAGAUUGAGUUGGAACAGCAGGAGAAGUUGAAGUCAGAGUUAGUCCAAAUCAACACCUUACCAGCCCAGUACACCAAGGAACAAGAGAAGACCAACAGGAAGAAAUUGGAGGUGGAAAAGAACAGCAAGGAACUACAGGAGAAGGAAGAAGAACUCAAUGUUGCUAUCAAAGGUGUUGGGGAGAAGAGAAAUCAGGUGGAGGGAGAGAAAGCAGAGGUGCAGGAGGAGUUGAACCGCCAGCGAGACGCGCUGUUCUCCAGACAACAGGAGUACGAGAUGCUCAACAAGGACUACGAGGUCGCCAAGGAGAGAGAAGCUGUUCUGCUGGGAGACAGGGCAACCCUUGACCUAAGCCUGAGACACACCCACCUGGAGAAGAAGACCCAACACGACACCCACUCCCGGCGCCAGCGGGAGAAGGACCGCGACCUCCGCAACCUGAAGAAGGUGGAGCUUCAGACGAAGGUCGUGCUGGACGGACUGGCCCACACACAGUCCAUCUAUGAGAAGGUCAAGGCGCAGGUGGACGCUACACCAAAGGAUGAUGGGACACUGCUGGAGAAGAGGAAACAGCUGCAGAAUGAGGUGGAUGCCACCAAGAGAAACUUUGCUCAACAGAACGCCCUAACGUCAGUCGAGCAAGUGAAGGUGGAACAGCUGAUAGCAGAAGAGGAGCGCCUGAUGUACGAGCAGAGUGACCUGAGGAUCGAGGUAGUGGAGCUGCAGCGACUGGCCGCCAUCAAGGCAGACGAGAGGGAACAGAAAGCCAGAGAUCUACAGAGGGCUCAGUUGAGGUACCAGAGAGCUCUAGAGGACCUGAAGACCAAGCAGCUGUCCAUCACAGACAACCAGAAGAAACACCAGGAGAUGCAAGUCAAGCUGAAGGACUUCGCUAAGAUGUACGACAUCAUCAAGAAUGAGAGGAACAAGAUCGUGAACUUGAUCCAGACCAGCACGCAACGGGCAGCGGAGAUGAGAGAAAAGAUCAAAAUUCUACAGAACGAGAUUGAGAUCCUGAGAACGGCUGUAAACAACAAAGACAGACAACUCCAGAAGGCGAAGCUGAAGCAUCAGAACUCCAUCGUGGUGCGGGACAGCCUGCGGAACGAGGUGGCGAAGGCUCGGAGGCUGGAGGAGGAGAUGAGGGAGAAGCGGGAGCAGCAGAGGAUGGACAUCGCCAAGCUGAACCUCAUGAUCAACCAGGCGGAGGAGGAGAUGGUCCGGCUCAGGAAGAGAUACGAGAAUGCCGUGCAGAACAGGAAUGACAGGGGUGUCCAGUUGAUUGAAAGGAAUGAAGAGGUCUGCAUCUUCUAUGAAAAAUUAAACAUCCAAGACACGUUGAUCAGGAACGGAGACGUUGAGCUCCAGGGUCGUGAGGAGGAGAUCAGGUUCCUGAAGAUGGAGCUGACGGAACUGAAGCGCUCCAUCGACAUCCUGAAGAGACAACUUCCCAACAAGAAGGAGCUGGAGCAGGGUCUGGUCACACUGCAGAUACAGUUGUCACAGUGCCAGGACAGGAUGCUGGAACUGGAGAAGGAACUGGAGAAUCCCUACAACAAGGAGCGGGUCAGGCUGCUGGGAGGGAAGGACCUGCCUCCCGAGGACAUCAACAAGAAGACAGAAGAUUUGGAGAUGCGGCUGUCUGAGAAGGAGGAACAGUUGCUGGAGAAGGACCUGAUCUUCGAGCAGAUCACCCGGCUGAGCGACCGUGUCAGGAAGAAGGCAGAGUCAGGAAAAACGGACACUCUCAACCUGGCUAAGAGUGUUAAUGAGCUUCAGGGUAAGAUUAAGGAGUCCACACGAAGAAUGAUGGCCAAGGUGUCGGAGCUGUCCAUGAUCCAAGCAGAGGCCCUGAAACUGCAGCAGGACGUCAGGGAGAAGGAACAGACUCUGGAACAGGCGUACAUCCGUAUGGAGCAGGGUGAGGCACCCACAGAGGAGGCAGCUAUGGAGUGGGAGAAACUACUGCGUACAGAGGGCAGGAGACAGCUGGAGAGUCAGGAGAAACGAAUGGCCGAAGAAGAGGCGGAACACUACACGAUCGCUGGCGGCAUCACAACGACGGCCGAGCCUCGUCCUAACGCGUACAUCCCAGAUGACGACACAGAGCUUCCCGUACCCCGACCCUACGGAUCCCUGGCGCCCUUCAAACCACAGGAGGCUGGGUCCUCCAUGAGACAUAUUAGAAAACCGAUUGUCAAACCUAUAGAGAUAUAGAUUAAGGACUGCCUUUAUGUAUUAUACAGCAUGUUAAAACUCUAUCACCACACUGUGCCUUGUGUAUACACGUCCCUUAGACCAACAUGUGCCUAAUGAACUAUUAUGCUAUAAUCAUACAUGACAGCAUGACAGUGUCAAGUUGUUACUCAAAUCUCACUGUAGCCUGAAGAUUGUGAAGAUGAAAGAGUUGAAUACAUGUGCCUUAUGUCACUGCAGAAGACAUAUUGGGGAUUAAAGAGUUCAAGUUACAGAAUUACACCAAAUGUGAAGUCUCAGUCAAGAGUGCAACAAGGUUUAGUAGGUGAUGGUGCACUGCUUAACAGUCUUUCAGCUAAGGUAGCCUUUUGGGCACCCAAUUUGUACUGCAUCCAGGGUAAGGCAGCUAGAAGAAGGUUAAGUUGGCAACAGAUGGACCCUGUAGGUCUCAGCUAGAUUAAACAAAAUCCUAGUACCGAUACACAGGGAAUUAAGGUAAGAUUUACUUGAUUUAUGUCUAAUUGCAUUCCCGCAAGACUAAAGAGCAGAAACACACAACACUGAACCAUUAAUAUGAUACGGCAGGGUCGUAUCUUUUUAAAGCCAAGGCCUUGACCUGUAUGUACUGGUACCAGGACUGGAUUGUGUUUGAGGAUAAGACUGGAUCUAGGAUUUCCUGUGUUGAGUUGUCAUCACAAUGACUUCACUCCAUCCCUUCUUGUACAGAUCUACAAUGAGGCUCAGACAGACUUACUGAAGGUGUUACAUACAAUGUAUGUCAAAUAUUAUGUAAGUCCACAGACCAGAAUGCUGUCUUUAAGUGGCCUUAAGAUUGUACUACAUGUAGCUGCUAAAUGUCAUUGGACAACUUUUAUCUGUCUUAUUAGAGUUGAACAAAUUCAUGUGUUACUUUCUGAUAUAGAUCCAGUACACCGUAUAACCUUCAAGAUCAGUGGACUUGGAAGGGUUAAUGAAAGGAGAAAUAAGACUUAGUCCUCAUACAAAGCGAAUUCUGUCUAACUUGAACUUAUGAAGGAAAUGCAGAAAGUGUACUGUAUAUAUAAGAUUUAUUUGCACAAUUCAUAAUCUAUUCACCCAAGUGCCUGAAAUUACACAAUAGUAUCUUUUUUCAGCAGGUGGCAAAAAAAUUCAUAGCUGUAUUAUUUUCCAUGAUGAUAGAUUUUAAGAAGUCUUGUAUAUAAUUGUUAUUUUGUAUAGAUGUACAACGUACAUGUGUUGUGGGGUGCCUACUUUUGCUCAGUAAUAAUCUUCAUCAUAUGCUCAAUUUUGUAUUGAGGUCAUAAAUAAAGCAUCCAUUUUCACAGGA